AUGUCCAAAAAUAAGUCAAAAUCACGGUCAGGGUCAUCCCGCUCUGUAUCUCGAUCAAGAUCUCGCUCAUUCUCUAAAUCACGGUCACGUUCAAGGUCUGUUUCACACUCAAGAAAACGCAGGCACAGUUCUCGAUCUCGCUCAAGAUCUUAUUCGCCUGGAUAUAGUAGAGAGAGCGAAAUUAUCCAAGAGUUUAUCAAAAUCGUGACUUCAGAGGGCAUAACAGAGGUUAUAGAAGACCAUACUAUUUCCGCAAUCGUGGAAGAGGAUUUUAUCCACGGGGUCAGCAUAAUCGCGGUGGAUAUGUAAAUUAUCGCCCUAACUGGCAGAAUUACAACCGUCAACAAUAUAGUCCCCGUAGGGGUCGGUCUCGUUCCCGCUCCCCAAAAAGGAGAUCACUCUCUCCUAGGUCCAGGAGUCGCUCAAGAAACUCAGACAAAUCCUCCUCUGAUCGCUCCAGGAGGUCUUCAUCCUCUAGGUCUUCCUCCAAUCACAGUAGAGUGGAGACUAAACGUAAAUCAAAAAAGGAGAAGAAAAGUCAUUCAAAGGAUCAAAGAAGUUCUGUCCAAGCAACAGAUGAUGACUCGAAGGAACAAUCUGCAUUGGUCGCUGAUAAUGAUGAUAAAACAGAAGGUGGCAAGAUAUGGCAGGAUAUGGAAGCUUACGAUACAAGUCCUUUACCCCACCACAGUCCUGAAGAACGUGCACCAACAGUUAAAAGCUCUGUGCAGUCUGUAGUGGUGAGACGCUGCUCUCCCAGGCCAAGUCCAGGGCAAAAACCAAGUCCUUCUUCCCCCUCUGUUUUACAGAGUGGUGGCAAUUUCAGGUCAUCUCGCCAGAGUCCUUUUGAACACAGCUUGAGCCCACCUAGAAAGAGUCCUAUGACCAAGAGCCCACCCACAAUGGGUUCGCUCUAUGGAAAUCAAAAAGAAGAGGGCAGAUCUGGAGAGUUGACUGCACCAAUUGGCACUGGAUAUAAAAGGUUUAUGGAAGAACAGAAAAACAAGGCAUCAGAACUAGAAAAAGAAAAUGGGAAAGAAAAACUGUCUAAUUUGGAGAAAAUGAAGGAUCGUAGCAGUCCUACUGAUUUUGCUAUGAGUGAGUUGGAAAGGGCUUAUAAAAAAAGCAUAUCCCCAAAGCGCUAUAAGAUGAAAGAGGAUAUGGAAAAAUUAAAGUUGGCUGAAUUGAGAUACGCAAAGGAGGAACUUGAACUGGAGAAAAAGGGAAGAACAAGGAAAGAUUCUGAUAGUGAUUCCAAGAAUCAAGACCCAUACGAUCCCGCAAAGUGGGAAGAGCUGUCUUUCAUACCAAGCGCUAAGGAGAAGCGAAAAAAAUCAGAAGAUACAGAUGAUGAAAUCUAUAUGGAAAAGUCUAAGAAAGAAGAGAAAGGUACAAAGUCUAGUCAUAAAGCAUUUCUACCUGAAAAAAACUUCAGAGUUACAAACUUUAAGGCUUCUAAAGAGAAAAGUGAAUCCCCACCGCCUAGAAAAUCAGAGAGCAAAGAGAAGCUUUUAUCCAAAGAAGAUUUGUCCUUCUCAAAAUCAAAUUUUUCAGUUAGUCGGGAAACAGGUCCUAGUCUCCGAAUGGAUUCCUUUGAUGAGGAUCUGGCACGCCCAAGUGGAAUAAUGGCUCAUGAGAGAAAAUUAUCUCGAGAUCUUGUCCACAGCAGUAAGAAGGAUCAGGAGUUUAAGUCCAUUUUUCAACACAUCCAGUCCGCACAGCCCCAGCGCAGUCCAUCUGAGCUGUUUGCACAACAUAUUGUGACCAUUGUCCAUCAUGUUAGAGAACAUCAUUUUGGUCCAACAACGGUGACAUUGAGUGAGCGUUUCUCAAGCUACCUAAAGAAAACAAAGGAGCAGGAGCCUUCAAAAUCUCGAAAGAGUCCAGAAAUUCACAGGAGAAUUGACAUUUCUCCCAGUGCUUUUAGAAAACAUGGAUUUAUGCAGGAGGAGACAAAACACACAAAAGAAGGCAGCCACAAGGGGGAAGGCAAAUACAGAGAGGAGCCUUCUGAUCUGCGGCAGGAUAUUGAGCGCCGCAAAAAACAUAAGGACAAGCGUGACCAUUCCAGGGACUCUGGAGAUUCUCGAGAUUCCAGUCGAUCCAGAGAGAGGUCACCUGAAAAACCAGAGAAGACAAGGAAGUCCUCAAAAAAACACAAGAAGCACAGGAAAGUGCGGGAGCGUUCUCGUUCUUCCUCUUCUUCCUCACGUUCCUCCCAUUCCAUGCGAGCACCACCGGCAACAGAAGAAUUCCCUGCUGAAAGCGAGGAUAAAGAGGAGAGCUCUGCACGUUUAGGAAACAAGGAUUUCCAAGGAGCCAGUGAUAGAGGACGAGCAAGGGGAACCUUUCAAUACAGGACCAGAGGGACAAGACCUUGGGGCAGAGGUGCAUUUCCAGGAAAUAACAACAACAACAAUAAUGAUUUCCAGAAACGAAGCAACCGGGAAGAGGAAUGGGAUCCAGAGUAUACACCCAAAAGCAAAAAGUAUUACCUG